ACUCUCGUUUCCUGCUUACGCUCGAACUGAGGAAUAUGUCUGCCACCAGAAACUCAGAAGCAGAUGGGAAUAUGAAAGAAAGCAGCAUGCAUUUUAAGAAAGCUUUAUCCGCAGCUCCGGCUCUCUCCCUGAAGAUUAUUGCCGAAUGCCCUGUGACCAAAGCAAGAGCCUGCGACCUGACUCUGCCUCACUGCACCGUCAGCACGCCGGUUUUUAUGCCUGUUGGGACUCAGGGGACCUUAAAGGGGAUCACUGUGGAUCAGCUGGAGGGUCUCGGUUGCCAGAUCUGUUUAGGAAACACAUACCACUUGGGUAUGAGGCCGGGAACGGAGUUGAUAGAGAAAGCCAACGGUUUACAUGGGUUUAUGAACUGGAAGAGAAAUCUUCUAACUGACAGUGGAGGAUUCCAAAUGGUGUCUCUUGUUGAACUAUCAGAGGUCACAGAGGAAGGAGUCAAAUUCAAGUCCCCUUAUGAUGGCAAAGAGAUCUUAUUGAGCCCUGAGAAGUCCAUCAGCAUACAGAACCGCCUGGGGUCAGACAUCAUGAUGCAGCUGGAUGAUGUGGUCAGUAGUACUGUGAAGGGACCGCGGGUGGAGGAAGCCAUGCAUAGAUCCAUUCGCUGGCUGGACCGCUGCAUAGCUGCUAAUAAACAUCCAGACAAACAGAACCUUUUCGCCAUCAUCCAGGGUGGACUCAAUGCCGAGCUCCGCAAGGCCUGUCUAGAUGAAAUGAUUCAGCGGGACGUUCCUGGGUUUGCCAUUGGUGGCUUGAGUGGAGGAGAGGAGAAGGACGAUUUCUGGCGGAUGGUCACACUGAGCACUGACUACCUGCCACGGGAAAAGCCUCGCUACCUGAUGGGUGUCGGGUAUGCUGUGGACCUGGUGGUGUGUGUCGCUUUGGGAUGCGACAUGUUUGACUGCGUCUUCCCAACCCGCACUGCAAGGUUUGGUUCUGCCUUGGUGCCUUGGGGGUCUCUUCAAGUGAAGCAGAAGCAGUAUGCCAAAGACUUUCAGCCCAUAGAUCCUGACUGCCUGUGCCCCACCUGCAAAAGACAUAGUCGGGCUUACCUGCAUGCUUUGUUCAAGAGUGACACCGCGGCAAUGCAUCACAUCACCAUUCACAACAUUGCCUACCAGCUUACUCUGAUGCGUUCCGUGAGGCAGAGCAUCAUGGAAGGCCGCUUCCCUGAGUUCAUACAGACAUUUAUGAAGCGAAUGUUUCCAUCCAGGGAUCAGUACCCCAGCUGGGCGGUGGAGGCUUUGGCUUCUGUCAACGUGACUUUGGAAUAGGACUUUUUAAGCCCAAAACUCCAAGUGGAGAAACCCGUCAACCAUGGACUAUAGGAAAAAAAAAAAAAAAA